AUUGGUGUUUAAAGUAAAAAAAAUACAUCCUGCAAAAAGUAAAACUGUACUAAUUUGUAAUUAAAUUUUUAAAAUAUUGUGUGAAAUAUGUGAGUGAUGUAAAAAUAUAACUAACGUGUUAAUUUUCGUGUAAAACUUCUAAAAGCGUUGUUUGAUCUGGUGUAAAAUUAAAAGAAAAGCAUGAAAUUGUCUGAUACUAGUGAACUGCUGCUGUUCGAAGCAUUGAAAAAGUCAAUGUUGGAUAUCAAUUAUGGUGAUUAAUGACCCAGGUUAUAUUUAAACAAAGGAUUGCAAUAAUCUAACUAGUGGUAAACUAUGAAAAGCAAGAACAAGCUAUCGAAUUCGCCAGGAGUAGCGGCCACAGAAGUGACUGGCACAAAUGUUGCUUUAUGUUCCAGCCUCAAAUCUGCUUCGAAUGGAACCAACCCUUUACUGGCUACUGGCAGCGGGGACACGCUUUCCCUCCAAGCUGCACAACCAACUAAGCCUCACAUUUCACUGGACAAAUAUGACGAGUUCCAGUUUAAAGUGCCUCCGGAAGCACCGGUGUUCGAGCCUUCAGAAGAAGAUUUUAAAAAUCCUUUGAUUUAUAUCAACAAAAUAAGGCCGAUUGCUGAAAAAUAUGGCAUUUGUAAAAUAAGACCUCCAGCGAGCUGGCAACCACCAUUUACUGUAGAUGUUGAAAAGCUGACGUUUGUUCCUCGUGUCCAACGUUUGAAUGAACUGGAAGCUGAGACACGUAUUAAACUGAAUUUUCUUGAUCAGAUUGCAAAGUUUUGGGAGUUACAAGGUUCCUCAUUGAAAAUUCCAAUGGUUGAACGUAAGCCAUUGGACCUCUAUACAUUGCAUAAAGUAAUAAACGACGAAGGUGGCAUUGAAAUCGUUACGAAGGAACGCAAAUGGUCGAGAGUAGCUUGUCGUAUGGGAUAUCAACAAGGACGAAAUGUAGGGACGAAUUUAAAGGCACAUUACGAACGUAUUCUAUAUCCUUUCGAUAUUUAUCGCUCCGGUAAGAUUAUUGAUUUAGCGAAUUUAGAAACAGAGCAGGAAGAUUGUGAGUACAAACCUCAUGCAAUCGAAGCUCGACAACAGGUGCAACCACCCCCCGCGACUACAGCUAGGCGAUCUCAACGUUUUGCACAAAUGAAUAAAUCAGCCAGUAUUGGAUCAGAACACGACAUUUCUCGGUUUUCACCAAAUAAAUAUCGUCUCAAAAAUCUUUUCAAUAGCAGUACAAACGGAUCUGCAAAAAGCGCUAAAUCAGACGCACCCUAUACAGCUAAUCCACACGACCCUAUGGCAAAGUAUAUAUGUCACAUGUGCAACCGUGGGGACGUCGAAGAAUCUAUGCUGCUGUGUGAUGGCUGCGAUGCUUCGUAUCAUACAUUUUGUUUACUGCCACCGUUGCAAGAGAUUCCGAAAGGUGACUGGCGCUGUCCAAAAUGUAUCGUUGAGGAGAAUUCCAAGCCUGUUGAAGCCUUUGGUUUCGAGCAAGCGCAACGCGAAUACACUCUCCAACAGUUUGGCGAAAUGGCCGAUCAAUUCAAAUCGAACUAUUUUAAUAUGCCUGUCCACCUAGUUCCCAGUGAACUUGUGGAAAAGGAAUUUUGGCGGAUCGUAUCAUCUAUUGAUGAAGAUGUCACUGUAGAGUAUGGAGCAGACUUACAUACAAUGGAUCAUGGAAGUGGCUUUCCAACAAAAUCGUCGCUUUAUUUGUUGCCAGAAGACCAGGAAUAUGCAGAAUCUAGCUGGAAUCUAAAUAACUUACCAGUGUUGGACGAAUCUAUUCUGGGUCAUAUAAAUGCAGACAUUAGCGGUAUGAAAGUUCCGUGGAUGUAUGUCGGAAUGUGUUUUGCAACGUUUUGUUGGCAUAAUGAGGAUCAUUGGAGUUAUUCAAUUAAUUAUUUGCACUGGGGUGAACCAAAAACCUGGUAUGGUGUCCCAGGAAGCCGCGCGGAAGAUUUUGAAGCGGCAAUGAAAUCAGCUGCCCCAGAACUGUUUCAAUCUCAGCCAGAUUUACUUCAUCAGCUUGUGACGAUUAUGAACCCAAAUAUUCUUAUGAAUGCUACAGUCCCGGUAUAUAGAACAGAUCAGCAUGCCGGAGAAUUUGUGGUCACGUUCCCACGUGCUUAUCAUGCUGGUUUCAAUCAAGGAUAUAAUUUUGCAGAAGCUGUAAACUUUGCUCCUGCCGAUUGGAUGAAAAUGGGUCGGGAAUGUGUCAAUCAUUAUUCGAAGUUGAGGCGAUACUGUGUUUUCUCACAUGAUGAACUGGUGUGCAAAAUGGCCCUUGAGCCAGAUCGAUUAAAUCUUGGAAUAGCAACUGCUUGCUAUAUAGACAUGGCAGAAAUGGUAGAUACAGAAAAAAAACUGAGAAAAAAUCUUCUCGAAUGGGGCGUUACAAAUGCUGAACGCGAGGCUUUCGAACUUCUCUCGGAUGAUGCACGACAGUGUGAAAUAUGCAAAACGACAUGUUUUCUCUCUGCGGUCACUUGUAAAUGUACCGCAAAUCUAGCUUGCCUACGUCAUUUUGCCGAAUUAUGCGAAUGCCCUUCAGAGAAUCAUACACUUAAGUAUCGUUAUACACUCGAUGAAUUACCUUUGAUGGUCCAAAAAUUGAAAGUUAAGGCUGAAUCGUUUGAAAAAUGGCUCUUCAAAGUACGUGACGUGCUGGACCCUGCAAUAGAUACUAAUAUUACUCUUGAUGAACUUCAAGAAAUUGCUCAAGAGGCAGAAACGCAAAAAUUUCCAAACAGUGUCAUCCUAGAGCGUUUGAAUUUUUCUAUUCUAGAAGCGCAGAAAUGCAUUACCGUUAUUCAGCAGCUUGACAUAAACAAAAUUCGUACAAGAACACGAAAUACGGCCGAAUGUGCCAAGUAUAAACUUACGCUGGAAGAGCUGGACAUGUUUGUAAACGAAAUCAAUAACCUGCGCUGUAUCAUUCGCGAAGGUGAUAGUGUCCGUGAGCUGCAAAAAAUCGGUAAAGAAUGGGUUAAACAAGUAGAAGGUGCAUUAAAAACUCGCUUCAAGGAUACAAACAUUCAGCAAUUAACACAUUUGAUUGACGAAGGAAAUUCACUCUGCAUUGAACUACCACAAAUUGUACAUCUGAAGGAUCGACUAACACAGUAUAAGUGGUAUAAGCAAGUCCGUCUGUUCCGAGAGAAUACAAUAGAUAGUAUGCCAUUGGAAGAAGUCAAAAAGAUGUUAGAAGAGGGCAUGAAAAUUCUCCCGCAUACUGUUUUAGAGAAAGAACUGGCAGAACUGCAUGGAAUUAUGCUGCAGAUAAUGGAUUGGGAGCAAUCAGCCAGUCAGUGCUUUAAAACGGAAACGAAGCACAAAAUUAGUGAAAUCGAAAAUCUCCUGGAAAGAGCUCAUUUGAUUGAAGAUUUCUUACCAUCACAUAGCCAACUAAGAGAUGCAUUACAAAAGUCGAAAGAAUGGCUCCACGCAAUUGAAUCGUUAGAACGUACCGAGAAUUAUAAUUUUUUUCACACUCUACAAAAUAUAGCGAAUCGAGCUAAAUUGUUGCCGAUGGAAAACGAACGACAGAGACUUUUUAAAAGCAUGGGAGCUGAUAAAGAUGGCAAAUUGUCGUUGCAAUCUUUCGGGAGUGUCGAUGCAGCAGCUAAUAGUGGAUUAAAAAGAAGAUGCAAGAGUAACGUGGAUGAAGUGAUUAAAAAGAUCAAAGAUGACCCGUGUAUCACUGAACUAGAUGAGCAGCUUUUGAAAACACAGAUUCUCUGUUGGAAUGACAAAAAUAAAGUUAACGCGUUGAGUCUAUCCGGCUGGUAUACUAGCGUUGAAGAAAAAUUCGGUGAUAGUAAAAUUGUUUACCAUUGUGGUAAAUGUUCAGAGAUUGCAAAGCGAAAAGCAAUUAAGCAAUAUCAAGAGGAUAAAAAGGAAUCGUCGGAAGAGUCAUUUAAGCCGAAUUUUGACCUCAAAAUGAAUGCCAACCAGUUAGAACUACAAGCACAAGACACACGGGAAACUUUCGAUGAUUUCGAAGACGAAGACAAUGAAGGAGAUGAUCAAAUGAGCGAUACAGAGAAUCAAAGCGACGGAGAUAGCGAAAACAGUCAUGCAGAAGACGAAGAAGGGUUAGGUGAUGGUUUCAUUGGAGAUAGUGAAGAAAGUAAUCCAAGCAUUGAUUGUAUGAGCAAAUGUAAUAUGGGAGAAAUGGAGAUGAAUCACCAAACUGUUCUGCCUCAGUUUGACGAUACUGGUUCUUCUGUCACGAAAACUAGUCAGCAAGGUAAAAAUUUUAAACAAAAGUUGACUAUCGGUAAAGGUGAUAAUUCCCCAGCGGUAGCAGUGUCUACCGCAUUAGAUUCGCGAGGUAUAAUAUUUUAGACGGAACAAUACAGACUCUCCAUAAAUUGAAUAGUACCUUUCUUAUCACAUCCUGUGUAUGCGAGCUCUUGCUUCUUCCACUUAGGAUAUUAGCCAAACGUGUCUGUGAAUUCUGUCUGAUUUCUCACGCUGUUUGCAAAUGGUUUAAUCCGCUCCUAUCGUUUUCAGAUACCUAUGAAUGCUGCUUAUGAAAUAAAAUAGAAUUAGAUGUCUAUACUAUUAUUAUCUAUAAGUUCAAAUGUCAGGUAGAAAAGUUAAAUACAAUAUUGAA